GGUUUUGUCUCCCAACUUUUUUUUACACUUUUACUUUUCUCUUUGCUCCCAUCUUCCCCUUCCUCGCUAAACGCACACCGUAGCCACCGGGCAGUAGCCUCUCAGAGCCCAUCUUUCUCUUCUCUCCUCUUCUCUCAUUCUUCAGCUUCCCCAGUCCCCAACCCCUCAAAAGAAAUAAAAAAAGUCACAUUUUAGUCCCUCCCACCCCCCUAAAAAAUUACAUGAAAGUCCAUUCUAGAAACAUUCUGUCAGAUCAGUCCAUGAGCUUUUCUACUCUUCUCUCUUAAGGGGGUUCGUUCCCAUUCUCUCUCCUCCCCUGUUUCGUUAUUUCUCUGUUUUCUCUUCUGGUGAGAAGGCUUCGGAGAUGGAGAGGAAGCAGGGGUUCUUCGCGGCGCUGAAGGAGGAGGUGGUGAGGGGGCUGUCGCCCGGGAGGUCCCGAACGAAGAGCCCGGCGAGGAGCCCGUCGCCGAUGGCCGGGCUGCUUCUGCCACGGCGGCGGAGGAAUGGGCACGGCCGCCACCAUUCGCUGGCGAACCUCCCGGAGCAGCUGAUCGCGAGAUCCGGGAGCUUCCGGCCCGUUGGGGAGGCGCUGGCGCCGCUCGUAGAGGGGCCCGAGCCGGACGGCGCCGCGGACGACGGCGGGGAGUCACGGCGGGAGGGCCGCUGGGGCCAGUGGGUCCGUAGCCAGCUCUCCCGCGCCCCGUCCUUCUCCUCCGGCCGCGGCGCCUCCUCCUCCUACCUCCGCCGCUCCGACCUCCGCCUCCUCCUUGGCGUCAUGGGCGCCCCCCUCGCCCCCAUUCACGUCAGCUCGGCCGACCCUCUCCCCCACCUCAGCAUCAAGGACACACCCAUCGAGACCUCGUCGGCGCAGUACAUACUGCAGCAGUACACGGCGGCGUCGGGAGGCCUCAAGCUCCAGAGCUCCAUCCGGAACGCGUACGCCAUGGGGAAGGUGCGAAUGGUGGCGUCGGAGUUCGAGACAGCGACCAAGGUGAUGAAGAACCGCGGCUCGUCGCAGGCCGUGGAGUCUGGCGGCUUCGUCCUCUGGCAGAUGGCCCCCGACAUGUGGUACGUCGAGCUCGCCGUCGGCGGCAGCAAGGUCCACGCCGGCUCCAACGGCAAGCUCGUGUGGCGCCACACCCCCUGGCUCGGCGCCCACGCCGCGAAGGGCCCCGUACGCCCCCUCCGCCGAGCUCUCCAGGGACUUGAUCCGUUGACUACGGCGAGCAUGUUUGCCAAUGCCCGGUGCAUUGGAGAGAAGAAGGUCAAUGGGGAGGAUUGCUUCAUUCUGAAGCUCUGUGCUGAUCCGCAGACACUGAAAGCUAGAAGCGAAGGCCCGGCAGAGAUCAUAAGGCAUGUCCUCUUUGGCUACUUCAGCCAGCGAACCGGGCUGCUCGUCCGCAUGGAGGACUCGCACCUCACCCGAAUCCAAUCCAACGCCGGCGGCGACGCUGUGUACUGGGAGACCACCAUCAACUCCUUCCUCGACGAUUACCAUCCAGUCGAAGGCAUAAUGAUAGCCCAUUCGGGUCGCUCGGUGGUCACCCUGUUCCGGUUCGGCGAAAUGGCCAUGAGCCACACCAAGACAAGGAUGGAGGAGGCUUGGACGAUCGAGGAAGUCGCCUUCAAUGUCCCUGGCCUCUCCAUGGAUUGCUUCAUUCCUCCAGCCGAUAUAAAGUGCGGCUCCAUCAGCGAAACCUGCGAGCUGCCUGCAGGCGAGAGGGCGAAGACCAGCAUGGUCCACCGGGCGAGGGUGGCGGCUGUGGAGAAGCCGCAGGAUGCCGGAGAGAAGAUCAUUUGGAGGGUCGAAGUCUAGUUUUUAGGAGAAGUGAAUUCAAUUGUUCAUAGUGGUAGGCCUUACUCUGAUUAAAACUGACCCCCACCAUAAAUGUAGGUUUGUAGACACUGAUUGGAGGUAGCUUGCAGUUUUUGCUAAUGGGAUUGUCCUCUGUAAAUAGGAGCAUAAUUGUUCACAGGUCUUACUUCUCACACGGGGCCUGGGUGAAUCUUUAUACUCUGAAUGCAGAAUUCUUGGUAGAUGGGUUGGUUAGAAGAAUCACUACUAUGGGGAGUGAUUUCUUCCUUCCAUGCCCAGAGAAUCUUGUUUGUGCUGGUGAUUUGGAACUAAAACUAAUUCUCCUUACGGGUGGCGACAGCAACUCCACUGACCGGCAGGCCGGCAGCCGGCGUGUUGCAGCUCAGAUGGCCUUUGAAAUUAAGUCUUAAUGUGUGUUUGCUUGUUCUUCGUUAUUACAAUUUUUCUUAAUGUUGCAAGAGAAGCUAGUUUUGGAAGCGGUAGGUACUCACUCUUCCUUGAGUUUUUGGGGUUGUAAGACUUAUUGGGAGUGAGUUGAUGUAAAACAAACUUCAAAUGCUUGCAUAUAUCUCUUUGGCUCUCUUUACAGUCU